UGCACCGAUCGCAACCCGCUGCCCGCCGCACACGACCGCCGCCAUGUCGCGCCCGCUCUCCCUCUUCAGCGUCCAGGCCAUCCUGGUGCUCGCCAUCGACGAUGGCUCGCGCAUCCUCACCAAGUACUACUCGAACCCCCACCCGCCGCAGGGCAACCAGGGCGACUACCCCGGCCAGAUCGCCUACAAGACGGUCAAGGACCAGAAGGCCUUCGAGAAGGGGCUGCUGGAGAAGACGGCCAAGCAGACGACCGACAUCAUCCUGUACGACCACAAGGUCAUCGUCUUCAAGAUGGAGUCGGACGUCAUGCUGUACGUCGUCGGCAGCGCCGACGAGAACGAGGUGCUGCUGUACAGUGUCGUGCUUGCGCUGCGAGACUCGCUCAACAUCCUCCUCAAGAACUCGGUCGACAAGCGCACCGUCAUCGAGAACUACGACCUCGUGUCGCUCGCCGUCGACGAGCUUGUCGACGACGGCAUCAUCCUCGAGACCGACCCCGUCGUCGUCGCCUCGCGCGUCAGCAAGCCGCCCGCGCAGGACGUGACCUCGAUGAAGAACAUCGACCUCUCCGAGCAGGGUCUGAUGAACAUGUGGGACUUUGGCAAGAGGCAGCUGGCCGAGAGGAUACGGCAGGGACUGUAGUUGGAUUAGACACAGGGCAUGGCGUUGCAGGCGUUCUCAAUGGCAAAACGAGCAUAGCAGUUGGCAUUCUCCAUCGUGAUAGACGGUACAUCUCAUCGAAUGCAAUUCCAGCACCAUUGCUGACCUCGACAGUGCAAUUGAAUCGUCCGCAGAGUGCUGUCAAUGUUUGCUGUUUGUCCCUGUGCACUUGCACGGCCGUCGAUUGAUGACAUGACUUAGCGCCGUGCAUCACCUCCGUCAUUCGUCAUAGCCCACCACCCCGCCAAA